AUGAAUCGUAUAAUUUUAUGCGUGGCGGCUUCCCUCUCUGUCAUCCUUGCUUUUCAACAAGAAUUCGCGCCCGAUACCUCAGCGUUUGAGGAAAUGGCUAAGCGUAAAUCGGCGUACAUGCGAUUCGGGCGAUCCGAUCCAGAAAUGGGAGCCGAUGGAAUGGAAAUGGAAAAGAGAAAAAGUGCCUACAUGAGAUUCGGUAAACGAUCCGAUCCGGAGCAAUUCGAUGAGGAGAUGAUGGACAUGGAGAAGCGCAAAUCGGCUUAUAUGAGAUUCGGCAAGAGAAAGAGUGCAUACAUGCGCUUCGGAAAGCGAUCCCCGAUGGAGCAAAUGGGCGAAAUGGAACCGAUGGAUAUGGAGAAAAGAAAAAGCGCCUAUAUGAGAUUCGGCAAA